AUGGAAUGCUUGGUCCAACAUGCAGUGGACUACAAUGGUAUGCCUGCUGAUAGGACUGAGACUGGCGGUUGGAUAUCUGCUGCUCUCAUUUCUGUAAUCGAGUUGUGCGAAGGAUUUUCAACUUUAGGAAUAUGUGUGAACCUUGUCCCAUACAUGAUUGGAACAUUACAUCUCUCAAGUCAAGUGGCUGCCAACACUGUAUCCAACUUCAUGGGGGCUUCUUUCAGUCUAUGUUCUCUAGGAGGAAUUCUUGCUGAAUCCUACUUGGGCAGAUAUAAAACAAUUCUCAUCUUUGCACUUAUCCAGGGCCUAGGUACAUGCUUCUUGUCUAUAUCAGCUGCACUUCCACAGCUAUGGCCACCUCCUUGUGAUCGUGAGAGUGGUUCAUCUGCAAAUUGCGUACAAGUAAGCAGACUUCAAAUGUCAGCAAUGUAUGCAUCUCUGUAUCUAAUGGCAGUAGGGACUGGUGGCCUCUUACCCAACGUCUCUGCUUUUAUCUCCGACCAAUUCGACCAAAAAAACGAAAAGGAAAAGGCAGACCUCAGAAACUUCUUCAACUACUUCUUUUUCUUGUUCGCCAUGGCGGCUCUGUUGGCUGUAACACUUCUUGUUUACGUUCAAGAUGAAUACCCUAAAAAUUGGGGCUAUGGGGUUUUCUCUCUUUUAAUGCUCAUUGCUAUCUUGAUGUUCUUGUCGGGUACAAGAACUUACAGAUACAAAAAGCUCAUAAAAAGUCCCAUGGUUCCAAUCGUCCAAGUGUUUGCGGCUGCUAUAAAGAAGAGGAAGUAUCAGGUUCCUGCAAGUAUUGAGCAACUCUAUGAAGAUAAUCCAGAGUCUUCUAGAAUCCAGCACACUGAUCAGUACAAGUUCUUGGACAAAGCUGCUAUUCCUACAAAAGAUGCCUUUGUAUCAUCAACUAAUUCCUUAGUUCCAGAUCCUUGGAAGGUGUCCUCAGUAACAAGAGUUGAGGAGGUUAAAAUGAUUGCCAGACUCUUACCAUUCUGGGCAACGACAAUCCUUUUCUGGACUGCAUUUUCACAGCUGAUGACCUUCUCAGUAGAACAAGCCUCCACCAUGAACAGAUCCAUUGGGGGGGCUUUCAAUUUUCCUGCUGGUUCAGUUGCCAUCUUCUUUGUGCUGCCCAUACUUAUCACUUUAGGAUUGUAUGCUCCUCUUAUCAAACCCCUCUGGAGAAAAUUGACAGGGAAACCUGGCCUCACAAACUCACAGAAGAUGGGGAUAGGCCUAUUCCUAGCUGCACUAGGGAUGGCUGCAGCAGCGCUUACAGAGUCGAAAAGAUUAUCAGUGGUGAGAGCGUCAAGUCCAUCAUCAUCGUCAUCUCCUCUACCCAUUACUGUCCUCUUCCUGAUCCCGCAAUUCGUGCUGGUGGGAUCUGGAGCAGGAUUCAUGUACAGCGGGCAGUUCGACUUGUUCAUCAGUGGGCAAUCGCGAAAAGGGAUGAAAACAAUCGGCGUCAGCAUCUUCUUCACCACCCUGGCACUCGGGUUCAUUCUCAGCAGCUUGUUGGUGUCAUUUGUCCAGAAAGCCAGCACCAUUGGAGGUGGCAAGGGGUGGAUAGGCCACAGCAUCAACGACGGCAGAAUCGACUGUUUCUAUGGUCUUUUAGCUGUCCUAACCUUUGUUGAUUUUGGGCUCUUUCUUGUCUGUGCUGUGGGGUUCAAAUCACAGCAGGAAAUGGAGGGCAGUGGAGCUUCAGGUGUGGAUAGAGCAGGUAAAGAUGUGAGAACCUCAAAUAUAGUAUGA